AUGUCCGCUCAAGGGCCUAAUGAUAAUUCAAACGAUUUGCCCUUAGUGCCUGAAGAUAAGAAGAAACAGGCAUCAUCUUUAAAGUUGGCUCCAAUACCAACUACAUCACCGUGGAAAUCAUCUUCACCAAAUAGCACCACGACACUUCCUGUGGAAGAGUUAAGAGACAAAUCGAGGCUUUCGAAGUCCAAUAACAACGGCUCAGGAUCGAUCAGAUUGAGCAGCGACACAAAAUGGACUCCAAUUACACCUUCUGUUAUAAUUUCAGGAUCUAAAGAGGCAAAUUCCAAUUCAAGACGAAAGGCUAAAAGUGUCAAAAAUAAUAGAAAGAUGAAACAACAUAGCAGCAACAACAGUAAUGCUAUUAAAAGAGUUUGCGGUGAUCAACCCAGUACUGUUGCCGAAACGAAUGAUGACCCCAAUUCAGAACACAAGUCUACCGAUGCUGACUUAAGAGCAAAAGCAAAUUUAGACCAAGAAGUACCCAUUGCCGGUAUUGGCCAGAAAACAGAAAAUGGAAAGAAUACAUCUAAUCCCAGACAACAAAAAAAUCACCACAACAAAAAUAGUAAAACGAGGUACAAUAAGGCGGCUCAUCAUAACAACUCGUUUUCGAAUAACCAUUAUCAAUCAAGAUCUGACUAUAUUCCAAAUUUCGGCCACGAUUCGGGGCCUGGUUACAACCAACAAACGCAUUUCCAUUCACAGCAAUACUAUAACAAUUACAACUACCAGCAACAGUUGCAAACACCAUAUUAUAAUCUGAUGGACCCUAUUCUCAAAUCCAUCGAAAGCAUUAAAAAUCAAAUUGAAUACUAUUUUAGUGCGGAAAACUUGACAAACGAUAAAUUUUUGAGGUCCAAAUUCAGUAAGACCAACGAUGGGUUUAUCCCCAUGAGUUUAAUAGGGAAAUUCUAUCGUAUGGUCAAUUUAUCUUUAGGUGGGGACCCGAAUCUAAUUUUGGCAUCUAUGAGAGAAGUUCUGAAUAACGGUGAAACAAACCAUUUGGAAAUAGCCUUUGGAAGGACCGAAAACGCCCAGGUAAAACCGGCAUAUGAGUUCAACCCAUUAGAUAACUAUUUCAUCAGACCUGAGAAUUGGGCCGAGUUCACGGAAGAAAAUUCCAAUGAAACUGAUGAAACUGAGAAGUAUAAAAUUGAAAAGAUUUUAGAAAUAGGCGAUUUGGAUAAUCAUUCAUAUAUGGGAUAUCCGUCUUUUUACCCCAGUAAUGUAAAUGAGGAAAAUAGCCAAACUCAGGAUGAAAAUACGAUGAACAGGGAGUUUGAGCAAAACUUGCAAAUAAACAAUUAA